AUGGAGACAAUCUACAUCGUCUUCGGCCUUUUGGCUCUGUUCAUGAUUGCCCAGGCCGUAUUCGCGGAUCGUUCACCCAUCCCCGAAACAUCCGGCAAGGUCUACAAGAUCUCCGCCCCGUCGGAGCUCGACUCAGUCCUCGCAUCAAACAUACACGUCGUAGUUGAUUUCUACGCAGACUGGUGUCCGCCGUGCCGCGCCAUCGCGCCUGUAUUCUCAAACCUAGCAGACGCCCACGCCUCAGAGGGACAACUUGCCUUUGCCAAGGUCAACACUGAUCAUGUGAAGGAUGUUGCAGCCAAGUAUGGAAUCAGCGCUAUGCCGACUUUUGUGUUCUUUGAGAAUGGCGUUGCGAAGGGUGUGCAGGCUGAGGGGGUGAACAGCAGGGCUGUUGCGUUCACGAAGGAUGGCAGGGUUGAUAGGAUUAGGGGCGCGGAUCGGGGGGCGCUUGAGGCUGUCGUUAAGGCUUUGGCUAGUGAGAAGUGA